CUGAACCUAACCCUAACCCUAAUUAUCUAACUCUCUUUCGGUCUCUCCCCUCGAUUUGGCCUUGCUGCGCCUCCUCUCAGUCUCUCUCACACUGUCGACCGUCGCCUGAAAUUGAGCUCCUCCUAUUCUCUUUUCGUCCGUCGUCGCCUGAGCUUCAGCCUCCAUCGUCGCCGUGCUCUCUGUUCGUCCGCCUCCUCUCUCUCGGUAAGAGCCUCUCCCUCGUCGCCUUGUGCUUCCGUCUUCUCCCUCGUCGCGAAUCUCUUUGUUCGACCGAGUUGGAAGCUCUCUGUUCGUCCGCCUCCUUUUUCUCCAUCGCCGCCGCUCUCUUUCUCUCCCUCGGUUUGACCGUCUCCGUCUCAAUCGUCUCUUCCUUGCUCCGCCUCAGUCUUCGCCGUCGCCGUUUUCUUUCUCUCCCUCGGUAAGAGCUUCUCCCUCGUCGCCUGAGCUUCUGUCUUCGCUCUACUGAUUUAAGUGUACUCCUUGUUACAGAAAUUGUUACGACACCAAAAGUUCAGUUGUGUAAUUUACCCCUCUGCACCGUUGUGAGAGAGAGAGAUGGGGAAGAGGGCGAAGAGUUCGAGGAAAGGGAAGAAAGCAUGGAGGGCGAACAUAAGCACGGAGGACAUAGAGGAUUUCUACGAGAAAACAACCAAGGAUGCUCUCUCCGGUGGCAAUCUCUCCGCUGCUCCCACAGAGGAGCUCUUUCACGUUGACAAAUCCCGAGAUCUUUCGGUGAAGCGGAAGAUUGAGAAACAUAGGGCGAAGGUGCUCCGGUGUGACAGCAUUUUGCAGAAAAACCCCUUUGUUCAGGCAGUGCUGUCGUCAAAGCCUAAGGCGAAGAAAAAUGAGAAAACAUCUGUCAAAGCAACUGAACCACCCAAAGAAGUUCAGAAGGUUAAUGGUGAUGAUUCUGGAAUGGUGGACUUGUGGGAUGAUGGCCAAGGGGAACAAAAGAAUUAUACUAGAAAGCUGAAAUAUUCGUUAGACGGAAGCUUACCCUAUUUACUGGAAUCACACGGUAUACAGGUUCCUGCUGUAGAAGUUGAACCUGCAGGAUGUUCAUACAACCCUUCAUUUGACAGUCACCAGGAUGUGUUGGCUGAAGCAGUUGCUCAAGAAAUGCAGAAAGUCUACAAGGUGGAGUUGGGGCCAGAGCCUGUUCCUUUGACCAUUGAAGGAGAAAAAAUUACUGAAGAAGAUAGGUACUUUCUAGAAGUGGACAAUGGUAGUGAGGGGGAAGAUGAUGCAGAUGAUGAGAACAAGGGAACCGAGUCAGAGAAAAGGCUUUUGAAAACAAAGAGGGUGACCCGUGUGGAAUUGAACAAGCGAAGUAGACAAAAAGAACAACAAAAGAAGGAAGCUGAGGAAAAGAAGAAAACUGAGAUAUCGAAAGAAAUUGACAGUUUGCCGAGCAUCUUACAAGAAAUAGCCAACGAAGACGAGGAAAAACAGAAGAGACAUCUACGGCGAGUCAUUGCUAAGCUGGAAAUACUAAAGACACGUCCUCCUCGGCUGGGAAAACACAAAUUUGAGCCUGCUCCAGUUCAAGUCCUGUUAUCUGAAGAAAUCACUGGAUCACUUCGCAAGCUAAAGGCGUGUUGCACACUUGCGAGGGACCGGUUCAAGAGCUUGGAGAAACGAGGACUGAUCGUCCCGACAAAGAACACAAGGAAGAUUUAGAAGCAGUUUUCCCUUGCCAGAAGGAAGCCUCAGACAUCUCCCAUCGGUUCAUAUACUUUUGAGCAGAUUUGCUAAUGUUUAAAUAUUCAUUGUAUGUUCAAGAAGCAUGUCUACUGAAACUCACUUCAACAAUUUUAUUUCUUGCAAUCACAAAUUUCGGUGCAUCUUUUAAUGUGUG